UCCAUAUUGCUCUCUUCAAAAGAAAGAAAGAAAGAAAGAAAGAUAACGUUAAAAUAAUCCAACUACACAAUAAAAGUCUUCCACUACAUUUCCGGUAGCGGAAGUGGUAUAAACAAAUCAGAGGCGUUGGUCUUAUUCGGGAACUUUUUUUUUAUCUAUACGCUUUCUGACUAUCUUCCAUGUUUGUUUGUUUGUUUUUUCAAGUGUAAUCUUUAGCGAUAUAACGACGAAUUAAAGUUCUGCCGUUGUCCUUGUAAAAGUUAAAACGAUAUGCUAUAAGCUAAGAGACGGCUAACGCGAUCAAGUGCAAAGCGAUGGCGCUUAUGGGAAGUGUAGUUUUUCCUGCUUUGAUUUCACCACCGUCAGCGAAAACAAAUAUGAUACGGGAGCGGCGUUAAAACCGUGUAUAUAAGGUAGAAUCUGCGAUAUGAUGUAUAGGACAAGGCGUUCACCAUACGUAAAUGCAUUUAAAAGUUUUAGUUUAAGGAAAUUAUCUUAGGAAUCGCGUUCGGGGGUCCUUCAGUGAACUACGAUUCCCAUAAUCCUUCAGGAGUCACAUGUCGGUCUCAUGCCUGACAGUCAGCUGCAUUGUGGUGGUGGAGGAGCAGCAGGUAGAUGGAGUGGAGCGUUGUUUUGAGCUGCAGGGCAAGUCACAGGGAGUCGAGUCACAGUGUGUGUGUGUGUGCGCGUUUAGGUUCAAAGAUGUGUCCAGAGUCGGAAAAGAUCACCGGUCUGAUCGCAGCUACCUUCACACCUCUCACGUCAGACGGUGAGCUGAACCUGGAGGUGAUUGGUCAGUACGUGGACUUCCUCCUGGAGAAGCAGAGCGUGCGCAGUGUGUUCGUGAACGGGACGACCGGUGAAGGCUGCUCGCUGACCUUGCAGGAACGGAAGCAGCUGGCGGAGUGGUGGUGCCGUCAGGCCAAAGGGAAACUUGACAAGGUCAUUGUUCACGUCGGCUGCCUGAGUGUAAAAGACUCUCAGGAACUGGCGCGUCACGCCGCGUCCGUAGGAGCCGACGCCAUCGCCGUCAUCUCUCCGUCUUUCUUCAAACCCAGGAAUGCAGAGGCGUUACAGAUGUUUCUGAAGGAUGUGGGUGCAGCGGCUCCACAGCUUCCUCUCUACUAUUAUCACUUACCCAGCAUGACAGGACUGAACUUGAAUGUGAGGGAGGUUCUGGAGGGGAUCGAGAAGAAGGUUCCCUCGUUCAGAGGGCUGAAGUUCAGCGGAGUGGAUCUGAGAGAUCUGAGUCAGUGUGUCAGUUACUGUCGUCCUCGCGGUUGGUCCGUCCUUUACGGAGUGGACGAGCAACUGCUGGGAGCCUUGCCGCUGGGAGUCAACGGUGCUGUGGGCAGUACGUAUAAUUACGCUGGUUUUUUCAUGAACCAGAUGCUAAGUGCGUUUGAGAAAGGAGACCUCAAUCUCGCUCAAAGCCUCCAGUUCAAGUUGCAGGACGUCCUCACAUUCGCAAAUAGCCUAGGCUUCGACCUGGCCAUGAAUAAGCAGGUGAUGAGUCUGUGUUCCGGCCUGCCCAUGGGUCCGCCGAGGCUGCCGCUCCUUCCGUGGCCUUCUGAUAGCGUUCAGGAUGUGGUUAAGAAGCUCCAGCAGGACCUAGGGGCCUGUCCUAAAUAAAACAAAUUCUAAUUCAAAUUUUAUUUGAACAAGUAGCACUUUGAUCAGUCAGGACAUGUGCAGUGUCCGAACAAGCCACAGUGUGUUUCUGAGACAUGAGCUAUGAUGAGCUUGUGCUAAAUCGAUCUGUAAUCCAGCUUUUAAAUCAAUAGGGGAAUCCACCUAUCUGGAUGUAUCCUGUUAUGUGAUAUCUUUAGUGUUUUAUAAUAUGUACACGAAGCAGGCCUCAUGAUGGCGAAGACAGGCUUCUUUCUUUCAUGGAGGCAUAAACUCUGAUGGGGAAAACAGCAAGAAAUCUGUAGUGUAUAAAAUACACCUUUCAGUACUGUAGCUAUUUAAAGGGAUUGUUGUUUUAUGUUGGCUGACCAAAAUUCAUUUCACAAACAUAUGGAAUUUAGACUAAUAUACACAGUCUAUACUGACUUCAUACUACUUUAUUGUCUAUAAUUAAAACAAUAUUCAUGUGUGUGUUUCUGAACUUAUUAUUAAAGCCUCAAGUUUAAUGUUAUACUGUUUGUUAAACCGGCUUGAAACUGGUUUUGAAUUCGUUUGUAGAGCUCCAGUUUCAUACAAUAACAUACUGAUAGUACAUUCAGAUUUUUUUAAAAUAUAAGCUAUGGUGUUUGUUUUGU